AGUAAGCCAGAGAGAGAGAUGAUGAUGAUGAGAGGUGGUGAGAGAGUGAAGGAGUUUCUUCGACCCUUUGUCGAUUCCAGAACUUGGGACUUAUGCGUUAUCUGGAAACACGGUGAUGAUCCUUCUAGGUUUAUUGAAUGGGUAGGAUGCUGCUGCAGUGGUUGUUAUAUUGAUAAGAACAUUAAGCUUGAAAACUCAGAAGAAGAAACUGAGAGAAGAAAGAAGGCUUCUUUCUGUAGAGAUGAACACAACAAGCAUCGUAUAAGAACCCUAGCUUGUGAAGCUCUUUCUCAUUUUCCUCUCUUCAUGCCUCUCUAUCCCGGGAUUCAUGGAGAAGUAGUGAUGUCAAAAUCUCCAAAGUGGUUGGUUAAUUCAGGAUCUAAAAUGGAUAUGUUCAGCACUCGGGUUCUUGUUCCUGUGAGUGAUGGUCUCGUUGAGCUGUUCUCCUUUGAUAUGAAACCGUUUGAUGAAAGCAUGGUGCAUUUGAUCAUGUCGCGUUGUACCACCUUCUUUGAACCAUUACCUGAGCAAAGGCUGCCAUUCAGGAUCAUUCCCCGAGCAGAGGAAUCUAUGAGUAGCGGUGUGAAUCUCAGCUUUGAGGGUGGCGGAUCAUCAAGUGUUUCCAAUCCCUCCAGUGAAACUCAGAAUCUUUUCGGCAGUUACUCGAAUGCUCGUUGUGUAGAAAUUCUCAGGGAGGAACAAGCGCCAUGUAUGGUAAUGAACAAGGAAAAGGAUGGUUUGGUGCAAAAUGCCAACGAUUCCAAGGCUAAUAAGAGGCUUCCUGCGGAAAACUUCAAAUCAAAGAACCUUCAUUCAGAGAGGAAAAGAAGAGAUAGAAUUAAUCAGGCCAUGUAUGGUCUAAGAGCAGUAGUCCCUAAAAUCACAAAGUUGAACAAAAUUGGAAUUUUUAGUGAUGCGGUUGAUUACAUCAAUGAACUGCUGGCGGAGAAGCAGAAACUUGAAGAUGAGCUUAAAGGAAUCGACGAGAUGGAAUGCAAAGAAAUUGCUGCAGAGGAACAAUCUGCAAUAGCUGAUCCAGGAGCUGAAAAGGUUUCCUCGAAAAUCAACAAGAAAGUGAAGAAAAACGAGGUGAAUCUUGAAGUCCACGAGAUUGGUGAGCGAGAUUUCUUGAUUCGGGUUGUGCAGGAACAUAAACAAGAUGGAUUCAAGAGGUUGAUAGAAGCUGUAGAUUUAUGUGAACUUGAGAUCAUCGACGUUAAUUUCACCAGACUUGAUCUCACAGUCCUGACCAUUCUCAAUGUCAAGGCGAACAAAGACGGGAUUACAUCUGGAAUUCUGAGAGAUUUGCUGCUCAAGAUGAUUAUAACUUCAAUAUGAAAGUCGGUAAAACAGAGUACAUAACCCAAAAAAAAAGGUCAAAUGUUUUGUUUGCUUCAGUCACAAGUUACUACUAGAGAUAUGAUUUCUCACAAGCUUUUUGGUGACAAAUUUACAUGUUGAAACUAUACAUUCUUCUGGUUUAUCAUCGGAUUUUCAUUAAGAUCUUUCACAAAUAUAA